ACAGGCACAAAGGAUUCCAGCGUAAAGAGGAAAUCUGGCCAGAAAAAUAGAGGAAAGGAAAUCGUGGUGAUUGAAACUGUAGGAAAGUGAGGAUCCCUCCCCACAAGCAUUGCUACUACUAUCCAGCUCGUUUCUAAGGAUUCUACUUGCUGCCAUUUCCGAGAGCUGCUUGAAGCUGAGUGGAAGUGAUUUUGAAAGAUUGAUUAAAAGAAGCAUGGAGGCCAGCAUGGAGCGUGCCGUGCAGAAAAGGCAAGUUCUAUAUCUUUGUGUAUUUCUGGGAAUGUCUUGGGCUAGCGCGGAACCGCUCCAGUAUUUCGUGGCGGAGGAAACUGAGAGAGGCAGUUUUCUCACCAACCUAGCAAGUGACCUAGGGUUGGGGGCGGGGGAACUGUCAGCCCGAGGAUCUAGAAUUGUUUCAGACCAGAGCAUACAAUUUUUACUGCUCAAUCUGCUUACUGGUGAUUUACUUCUAAAUGAGAAAUUGGACCGAGAGGAACUGUGCGGCCCCACAGAGCCCUGUGUGCUGCCUUUCCAGUUGUUACUGGAAAAGCCUUUUCAGAUUUUCCGUGCUGAACUAUGGGUCAGAGAUAUCAACGAUCAUUCGCCAGUAUUUCUAGAUACAGAGAUUCCCUUGAAAAUAUUAGAAAGUACCACUCCAGGGGCAGCAUUUCUUCUAGAAAGUGCACAGGAUUCGGAUGUUGGAAAAAACAGCCUGAGUAACUACACCAUCAGCCCUAAUACCUAUUUCCAUAUUAAUGUCCGUGAUAGCGGGGAGGGGAAUAUCUAUCCGGAAUUGGUAUUGGAUCAAGUACUGGAUCGUGAAGAGAUACCUGAGCUAAGUUUAACCCUCACGGCCCUGGAUGGCGGCUCUCCGCCCAGAUCUGGGACCGCCCUGGUGCGCAUCCUGGUGGUAGACAUAAACGACAACGCCCCUGAAUUUGUGCAGUCUCUCUACAAGGUGCAAAUGCCCGAGGACAGCCCGAUUGGCUCCAGGGUUGUCGCGGUGUCCGCUAGAGAUUUAGAUACCGGAAGUAAUGGGGAAAUAUUCUAUGCAUUUUUCUAUGCCACUGAAAGAAUUAUCAAAACGUUUCAAAUCAACUCAACAUCUGGCAAUCUGCAUCUUAAAGCCGAAUUGAACUAUGAGGCAAUUCAGACUUACACAUUAACUAUUCAGGCCAAAGACGGCGGAGGGCUUUCUGGAAAAUGUACUGUGGUGGUUGAGGUAACAGAUAUAAAUGAUAAUCCGCCAGAGCUGCUUAUGUCAUCAUUUACUAGUCCAAUUGCAGAAAACUCUCCUGAGACAGUGGUUGCUGUUUUUAGGAUUAGAGACAAAGAUUCAGGGAACAAUGGAAAGAUGGUGUGCUCCAUCCAGGGCGAUCUCCCCUUCGUCCUGAAACCAUCCGUGGAGAAUUUCUAUACUCUAAUGACAGAGAAACCUUUGGAUCGAGAAAGAAACACUGAGUACAACAUUACCAUCACCGUCACCGACUUGGGGACCCCCAAGCUAAAAACUGAGCACAGCAUAAUCGUGCUGGUCUCCGACGUCAAUGACAACGCCCCUGCCUUCACCCAAACCUCUUACACCCUGUUGGUCCCUGAGAACAACAGCCCCGCCCUGCACAUAGGCAGCGUCAGCGCCACAGACAGAGACUCAGGCACCAACGCCCAGGUCACCUACUCACUGCUGCCGCCCCAGGACCCGCACCUGCCCCUCGUCUCCCUGGUCUCCAUCAACACAGACAACGGGCACCUGUUCGCCCUCAGGUCGCUGGACUACGAGGCCCUGCAGGCGUUCGAGUUCCGCGUGGGCGCCACAGACCGAGGCUCCCCUGCGCUGAGCAGCGAGGCGCUGGUGCGCGUGGUGGUGGUGGACGACAACGACAACUCGCCCUUCGUGCUGUACCCGCUGCAGAACGGCUCUGCGCCCUGCACCGAGCUGGUGCCCAGGGCGGCAGAGGCCGGCUACCUGGUGACCAAGGUGGUGGCGGUGGACGGCGACUCGGGCCAGAACGCCUGGCUGUCGUUCCAGCUGCUCAAGGCCACGGAGCCCGGGCUGUUCGGCGUGUGGGCGCACAAUGGCGAGGUGCGCACCGCCAGGCCGCUGAGCGAGCGCGACGCGGCCAAGCACAGGCUGGUGGUGCUGGUGAAGGACAAUGGCGAGCCUCCGCUGUCUGCCACCGUCACGCUGCACGUGCUCCUGGUGGAUGGCUUCUCCCAGCCCUACCUGCCGCUCCCGGAAGCGGCCCCGGACCAGGCCCAGGCCGACUUGCUCACCGUCUACUUGGUCAUCGCCUUGGCCUCUGUGUCCUCGCUCUUCCUCUUCUCGGUGCUGCUGUUCGUGGCGGUGCGGCUGUGCAGGAGGAACAGGGCGGCCUCGGGAGGUCGUUGCUCAGUUCCUGAGGGCCACUUUCUGGGUCAUCUGGUGGACGUCAGCGGCACCGGGAGCCUAUCUCAGAGUUACCAGUAUGAGGUAUGUCUGAUGGGAGGCUCGGGAACCACCAGUGAGUUCAAGUUCCUGAAACCAAUGAUUCCCAACCUCUUACCCCAGAGCACAAGGAAGGAAGUGGAAGAAAAUCCCUCAUUUCGGAAUAAUGUGGGCUUCUGAAAAAUAAUGAAAAAUAGAUCCUGGGACUGUGGAUAUAUUUCUAAUUAGAAACUUAUCCUGAGAUACCUAUACAAAAGUGUUUUCACAUUAUUUCAAGUAUGUACUCUUAAAGUCAAAGAAUAAAUUCCUUUAUAUAGGAAAGGACCCAGAUUUAGCUACAGGAACCCUCCACAAAGCAUGAAAUGUGUAUGUAUCAUGUUUUCUAUCAAACAGUUAUGCUUAUUGUGCAGUCUAUCAAGUGAUCUUGUUU